CGCGCUCCUUCACUCGCGAGCGGUCACUCCGGAGGCCUCCCGUUUCUUCACGCACGGAGCUGGAAACAUGGCGCUGGUGGACAUAACAUUUGACUUCUUGAACAACUCCUCUGACAACAUCUCUGAGGAGUCGGGAGACUUUGAUGAUAUCUUCGAUGAGCCAUGUGGCCAAGCGCUCAGCAGCGACUUCAACAAAAUCUUCCUCCCCACUGUGUACGGAAUUAUAUUUUUCCUGGGAAUCAUCGGGAACGGACUGGUCAUCGUGGUCAUGGGCUACCAAAAGAAAGUCAAAACCAUGACAGACAAAUACAGGCUCCAUCUCUCCGUCGCUGACCUGCUGUUUGUCUUCACCCUGCCCUUCUGGGCCGUGGAUGCUGCCCAGAACUGGUACUUUGGGAGUUUCAUGUGCGUGUUUGUGCACAUGAUCUACACUUUGAACUUGUACAGCAGCGUGUUGAUCCUCGCCUUCAUCAGCGUGGAUAGGUAUCUGGCCGUUGUAAGGGCCACUAACAGUCAAGCCACCAGGAAGCUGCUGGCAAGCAAAGUGAUCUAUAUCGGAGUGUGGCUGCCUGCCGCCCUCCUCACCAUCCCUGACCUCGUGUUUGCACGGACUCAAGCCUCCCAAUCCUCGAACUUUAUCUUCACCAGCGAUCAAAGCUUGGAGACGGCUGACUCCAAGAUCGUCUGCCAACGCAUCUACCCGGAGCAAACCAGCCAGAUGUGGACAGUUGUUUUCCGCUUCCAGCACAUCCUUGUGGGCUUCAUCCUGCCAGGUCUGGUCAUCCUGAUCUGCUACUGCAUUAUCAUUGCUAAGCUCUCCCAAGGCUCCAAAGGUCAGGCCCUGAAAAAGAAAGCACUGAAGACCACAGUCAUACUUAUAGUUUGCUUCUUCUCCUGCUGGCUGCCCUACUGUGUGGGCAUUUUCCUGGACACCCUCAUGAUGUGGGGCACGGUUCAGCCCUCGUGCGAGCUGCAGCAAGCUGUGGAGAAGUGGCUUUCCAUCACUGAAGCGCUGGCUUAUUUCCACUGCUGCCUCAACCCCAUCCUCUACGCUUUCCUCGGAGUCAAGUUUAAGAAGUCGGCCCGCAGCGCGCUGACGGUCAGCAGCAGGUCCAGUCAGAAAGUGACGCUCAUGACGAAAAAGCGAGGACCUAUUUCAUCCAUCUCCACUGAGUCUGAAUCUUCAAGCGUCCUCUCAAGUUAACUUCUUCUUGAGAAAAAAAAAGAACUCGUGCUUGACCUUGUUUUUUUGCUACAAAUUGUACAGAUGUAAAAAAAGAAGAGUUUAUACUUAUGGAUGUCUGUUGUACAACUCAGUUUCCAAGUCCAUCGCAAAAGUGUGUAGCAGAGUGUCUGCAUAAAUAUCUUUAAAAAGUGGUUGUAAAUAGUUCUGUUUCGCACUUAAGUUGUGUGAUUGUUCCAAAGGCUUUUAUUUAUUGUCGUUUACACUGGUGUUUUUUUUUUUGCAAAUGUAAGUAACUGCAUGCUGCUUGUUUUUUAUUGUUGCUGUUUUUUUAAAUAAAAGAAAUCCUGUUUUUUUA